UUGGCUCGUUGGACCCGCCCAGCUGGCCCCUCCCGCCGGCCCGGAGGCGAAGAGCGCACGCGCAGCAGCCAGCCCAGGGUCGUUCGGCCGCGCGAUGUGCCCGGCGCUCUCCAAGGCGCUGCCGCCGGGGCCGCUGCCCCGCAGGGUGCUCGCCCGGUACCUGCUGCUGCUGCGGCUCCACCCGCUGCUCACCAAGGCGGCGUCCAGUGCUGUUUUGUCAGCGCUUGGGAGCCUCCUGUCCCAGUUCAUUGAGAGGAGCCGAAAAAAGCCAGGGUCAUCCAAAAGCCUGGAUCUGAGCGGGCCCUUGAGAUUCGCCAUCUAUGGGUUCCUGUUCACAGGGCCACUCAGUCACUAUUUCUACCUGUACCUGGAGCAGCUGAUCCCAUCGAAUGUCCCUUUUGCCAUGGUCAAGAGGCUUCUGCUGGACCGUCUGGUUGUUGCUCCACCCUUCCUGUUGCUCUUCUUCUUCGUCAUGAACCUGCUGGAGGGGAAGGAUCUGUCUGCGUUUGCUGAGAAGAUAAAGAGUGGUUACUGGGUAGCACUCAAAAUGAACUGGAAAGUGUGGACCCCAGUCCAGUUCAUUAAUGUCAAUUACGUCCCUAUGCAGUUUCGGGUGUUGUUUGGAAACCUCGUUUCUCUCUUCUGGUUUGCCUACCUGGCCUCCAUCAAGAAGCGAUAGCAUCACAGCUGUAAUUUUGGGCUGGCCUGCAUCGCCUGUUGAGGCGAUUGCCAUUGGUGCUCUGAAAGUCCGCAGCCCCCGCUUCGAUCUGGGAGCAUCUGCAAGAACUGACACCACUGCAAAUCCUCUGGGAUUCAACACUGUGCAUGCUGCCCUACUGCCGACAGUGCCUGCUACAAUGAGUAAGGCGCCUAUCCCUGACCAGGAGCCCUGGGCACUCUAAUACAAAUAAUACUUUGAUUCUUUUCUGACUAAGACCUUGAAUUAACUGCUUUCUAAUGGUGCUUAACAAUAACCACAAAAUCAACUGGUAGGGUAAGAAACCAGCACAAAGUGUUCUGGGUCUUUUACUCUUCAUUUUUGAGUAUAAUAAAAUUGCUGUUUAACUCC